AUGGUCUCCUGGGUAUCACUCGCCCUCGCCGGGCUUGCAGCCUCCGGCGUUCGCGCCACGCCCGUCAAGGUCACACGGCAGGCGUCUCCGACCGUCUACCUGGCGGGCGAUAGCACCAUGGCUAAGACGGGCAAUGGUCUUAUGGGCUGGGGCGAAUACCUCGCACAAUACCUCACCAUCCCCGUCGUCAACAAAGCCAUCUCGGGCCGAUCCGCCCGCAGCUACAGCAACGAAGGCCGCUUCACCGAGAUCACCGGCCUGGUCAAGUCCGGCGACAUCGUUAUCAUCGAGUUCGGCCACAACGACGGCGGCUCGCCCAACUCAGCCUCCGACAACGGCCGCAGCGACUGCCCGGGCACCGGCGACGAGGUGUGCACGUCAGGUAAAACCGGCGAGCUGGUCUACACGUUCAACCACUACGUCGAGGCCGCGGCGCGGGAGUAUGUGGCGAAAGGCGCGCAGGUCGUCCUGAGCAGCCAGACGCCAAAUAACUUGUGGGAGGGCGGUGUGUUCGCCCCGGGUGCGCCGCGGUUUGUGGGCUAUGCGGCGUCGGCGGCGAAGAAUGUCGGCCAAGGGGCGAGCUUUGUGGACCAUUUCCAGGCUACGGCGAACUUGUUUUUGAAGCUGGGCAGUGAUGCUACCAAUGCGCUUUACCCGCAGGACCAUACGCAUACGAGUCCCGAGGGGGCCAAUCUCGUCGCCGAGGCGUUUGUGCAGGCUGUCUCGGUAGAUUAUAAUGGCACCACGCCGUUGAAGGACUUUGUGAAGAGCCCGGCGCCGGUGGUGUGGUAG